AUGAAUAUUGUGAGAACGGCUAACUGCAACAGCGUUACGGUGUUACAAGUGAGUCAACUUCCGAAGAGGGAGUUAAAUGAAAUGAUGGAACGCAUAUGGGAUCUGGACAGUAUCGGCAUUCGCGCGGACGAGGCAGAAAACCGAGAAUGUAACCCGGUAGUGGAAGAGUUCGAAAAAUCCAUUGUAUUUGAACAUGGUAGGUACAUGGUUGCGCUGCCAUGGAAGACAGAAGCGUCAAUUGGUGACAACAAACGAAUCGCCGAGAAGCGUCUCUCGCAAGUCACUAAACGACUUAUGAAAUCACCAGAAUUAAUGAAGAAAUAUGACGAUGCGAUACGAGAGUACCUCAUAUCGGGUGUCGCAGAGAAGGUUAACGAGGGCGUGAAUGAAGGUAUGGUGCAUGGACAUGUCUAUUACAUGCCGCACCACGCCAUGAUAAGAGAAGACCGAAUGACGACCAAGAUAAGAAUAGUGUUUGACGCUUCUUCUCACGAAGAUCAUUCACGCAUUCGCUGA